AUCAAAUGCGCCAUCUGCAAUCGCCUUCCAACAACAUCGACAAGCCCAUAUUCGUUGGUUCCUACUUUUCGUUCCAUAUCAAUUGCAACUGCUGCAGCAAUACAGGACCAUAGCUUCCAGCCGGAAGCACCGUCCACGAUGGCAGACCCAAGCUCCAGCAUCCACGACAGGAUGCUACCGCAUCUGCAUCUUGUCAGCACCUACCGCUACCCGGAGAGAACAACGAUAGCACUGCACGAUCAUGCAACUACCAACUGGCUGCUCAACAUGUUGUUAACGGCCCCUAAGAUCGCGCGAGACUCGGCGCCCUUUUUCUGGACCUAUCUUGACGCUCCUCGGGAUGGACAGAUCAUGCUCACUUGGCAGCCUUUGCAGCGGAUGGGUACUACAUUCUCCUCUGAUGGAUACGUCUGGCCUGGUCCGGAUGAGUUCUCUGCGCGGGACCUGAAGAACGGCUUGAUUCUGGAAGUCUUCUCGCAGAGAGUGGGCUUUCGACCAGGAGAAUCGGUCGCGGCACACGCGCGCACCCGCUUCCGCUUGGUUCCAACCCAAAACGUUCCGGCCGGCGCGCCUCAGGUCGAUCCUGGCCUCUGGCUCGUUCACUAUGGACCAUCCCAGCAGCCCAUUCCCGCCGAAGUGCUGCCGGUUCCGCCCGCCAUGCAGCAGAUCAUGUCGAACCGGAUGACGCUGCAGAGAGGAGGCCAGAUUGCGCGGAAGGAGUUCAUGCUGGCCGAUCGCCUCAAUUGGCCUGCGAUCAACCCGCCGCGGGAGGGUAGGGGACAUCCCAUGAUGGCUCACCCUGGAAACGCUCGCAACGUGCCUCAGCAGAUGGCCUAUCCUCCACCGGCCAAGCGCAGCAGGACCGCAGCUCAUGCCCAACAGCACGUCGCCGCAGGACCUGCCGGCUUUCAACCCCCUCCUUUUAUGCCACCUCCUUUCAUACCUUUCGAUGAUGAAGAGGACACAUCCACGGGUGACAUGUUUGAUCACAUGACGCCUCGCGACAUCAGCAUGGCACGCUACACACGCAACCACGAGUGGAUGGAGGAGGUGCUGGGUUCUGCCUAUCGAAUUGCACAGAUUGAACCGGCUGAUCUCGGGUUGGGCCUGCAAGGAGAGCUGUCGUCUGUCACGCAGGGCAUAUUUGAAGCUCCUGGCGUGAAUGCCCACAAGCAACCGCCAAACAACCCCGUAGUUGGCCACCUGGAUCCCAAGCUAGCUGACGAUUUCAAGACGAGAGUUGCGGACAAAAUCCGAGCAGAACAAACCGAAAUGGCGAAGACAAAGGCUCGACACGAGAAGCAGAUGGCAAAGUUCAAGGCCAACUCGAUUCUCUCGCGGUCUGAGAAGGAACUGCGAGCCGCUAUCGAGGAGACGGGCCCCGAAUUCUGGCGGAUGGAAGGAAAGGAGGAAGAGGAAGAGGAGAGCAACGAACACCCCAAGACCAAGCACCACAGGAAAGUCGACGAGAUCGUUGCAGAUAUCGAAUCAGCACUUGGACGCCACAUCGAGGUGGUCAGUGAUGUCAAGCGCAUCCAAGAUGGUGGAUACCAAGAACCACCCCCCGAGCCCGUCGUCGUACCAAUGCCUCCAGCCGUUGCCGCCACAGGCGAUGAUAGCAGUGCUGGUCCAAACCAGUUCUCCAGGCCGCCAUCACAUGCAGGCUCCCAGAACAGCGGCGUCAUGGUUGGUGACACAGACGUGGACAUGGGCGGCACCACGGCUGGCCCAGUACAGAUAGGAAACAAUCCGUCGCCUCAGACUCAGCAGCAGCCUCCACCGCCACCUGUUGGUGCGACGACAGACAAUGCUGGCGAAGAUGUUGCUAUGCACGACUCAGGUCAUGACAAGGACCCCAACACGGCCCCAGACCAAGGUACAGGAAGUGGUGACUGGGUCGUCGUGCCUAAAGGUGGUGUCUCGCCAGGGGCAUCGGCCAGUGGACAACCCACGGCACCGCCUGCUGCUCCUGCUCCUGAUCCCGUGCCUGUUGCCGCUCCUGCACCUACUGCUGCUGUGCCUGCGGAAUCUCCACAGCCUGGAGAUGCCACCAGGACCGGCGACAGUGACUAUGGAGACAUGAAUACGGCCGGUGAAGCUCUGAGCAGCUACGACCGAAAUGACGGAGACCUCGGAGAUGGUAUGGAUCUCGGUGUCGAAGACUCGGCCUUUGGGGAUGCUGUCUUUGGCGUCGAAGAGUCACGAGGAAAAGGAAGAAUCAAGCAAGCUGUCCCAGGCCAGCAACCAGCACAGUGA